GAUAAUCGGUCACCUUUCCUCCGUUGCAUCUCGCUGGAGUAGCUACUGACAAAUACGGCUGCUCCGUUCGGCGCGUAUCGAAUGCCCAAUUGCCGCGAACCCGUCCCUACGUUUUUUAUCCUUCUAUCCUAGGCGUGUUUUGUCACACUGCAAAGCGCUGCUCCUUCCGUACGCUUGUAUCUGUCCUCAGAAUGCAGCUUGUUGAACUAUGCUGUCAGCGGUUGUCUACGCUGCUGCCUCUGAUUGAUUCCCUCGAAGGUAUACCAGAACACCUUGGACAGACUGUCUUCGCCCUCAUCGGUUCCGAGUAUACUCGAGCAAACUUCAAUUGUCAAUCGGAUUCAACCUUCAAGAUUUUCGAGCAGGCUUAUGGCCACUCUUUUAUUCGUGCCUUGAGGCUGCAUACACAUUUUAUUCACUUACUUUCCAUGCUCACUUUGAGCGUUUACUUACAGUAUCUUUAUUUGGAUUCCUGUGAAUUGGGCUCAAAGUACGCUCGUUUUUUGCCCGUUAUUGGACAGAUGAAACAAUUAACGGUGCUUAGUCUGCGUCACAACAGUCUAUGCCGGGAUCAUGUGCGUACUUUGACGGCAUCCAGCCGUUUUUCUCGGUCAUCGAAUUUGCAAUGCCUCGAUUUAUCCGGAAAUGGUUAUCUCGGUGAGAAUUGCCUCUCGUUUGCCUUACAACUCACCAGUUUGCGCGAAUUGCACUGCAGUGACACGGGGAUUGCGAUCUCUCCAACUCCACGUCUCCCGUCCAACUGGAGCAGCGUACGAAAACAUCUGUGCUCUUUCUCAAACUCAGUCGAGUCCGGGUGGUUCAGCCGGAUGGUGUUACAGAAGCGGACAGCUAGCCCCAUUGAAGAGCAUUUCGAGGAUUCCUUAACUUUGUGUCGAGAUUCAUGAUCUCGUCACUGAUGUAAACAGUCUCUGUAAAUAUACUUUGUUCUGCACCAUGUUCAUCCGUCUCAACCCAGCUGCUCACCAGUCUUGUUAGUGACGAUGUCUCUGUCUUUUAAAAUGCGCUCCAUAG